GGGAUCGUGGCGUCGCCGGGGCAACGGGCUGAGAGGCUGCGCACACACAGUGAUGGAGGCGAGCGCGGCCGCAGCGGCUGCAGCCGGAGACAAGGGGAGGCCGGAGCUGGACUCACCGGCGGUGUCGGAAGCGGACAUGGAGUGUGUCUCACCGGCCGGAGAGCAGGGGAGCCCGGUGUCGGAGCCGGAGUGCAUCUCACCGGCCCGGUGGAGCGGGAGCCCAGAGUCGGUGUCGCCGGUCGGGAGGAGCCCGGAGUCGGUGUCGCCGGACGCGAGAAGCGGGGCCCCACACUCGGUGUCCUCGGCCGCAGAGAUGCAGAGCUGGGUGGUGCGACAGGACGCGCAGGAGCUGGCGGCGAGUCUGAGGGCUGAUCCCUGCAGCGAGGCCAAGGAGCUUGAAGAGAGCAUUGAAGAAAUGUUAAUCCGAUUGGAUGAAUUUUGUGGGAUGCUUGACAUGAUUCGAAAUGAUUCCUCGCAAAUUUUGGAUGAAAAUAUACCAAAAAUAAAAGACAAGGCACUAGAAAUGAAGGAGGUGUAUGCAAAGAUUGAUAAAAUGGAGAUUUUUGUGAAGAUGGUUGAACAGAGUGCAGCUACGCUAGAAGAGCAAGUGGUUCAGGCAGAAAAAGAUUGCAGCAACUUGUCCCGUGGUGUUUGCAAAUUUCUGCAUUCAAUCAAUGCACCUUUUGUGAAUAAAAACCAAAACCUUCUUAACCAACAGAAUUUAACAUACGAGCUACCCAACCUAUAUCGAACUGAAGCAUAUUUUCCUGCAAAUCCCAAUAGGACAUUCUUCAAACCAAACAAUUCAUAACUAUCGAUUGCUUAAGAGGUCACUGUUCAUGCUGACAUGGACAUUAUUGCAAGUCUUGUACAGUUUGUCCACCUAGUUUGACCUGGAAAUCGCUUAAUUGAAAUUAUGGAUAUCAUGUGAAAUAACUCUUGAAGUACAAAGCGGACGCAUGAAGACACUUGGAUUAAUGGGGUUGAAUACUGUAAAUCAGUAGUACAGCUCCACCACUGAUUUUCCAGCAACUGUGAUCUAGCACCUCCUUAAAUCCAAAUACAAUUAUGAGAGUGCACUCAAAAUCUCCUCGGAAGUCCCCCCGACACUGUGGCGCCAAUCCCGACCUCAUUGAGACUUCCAUAAUGAUCGGCGGGCCAGGGCUGAUUUCAGAGGCCGACUAUGCAGGCCCGUAGCCUAUACUGUUGGAAUCCUUGAGAGGCUGUGACCUCUGUUGGUCUACCGAAGUGGAUUAUCCAGAAAGGUUCUGGAAACAAGGAUGCCGGAAAAUCGGUAAUGGGCCUGUAAUAUCAAAAAAUGUCUAAAGUUGUAGCUCCAACCCACCAUGGCAGCAUAUUAAGUGCAACAUAAAGUUUAAAACUAUCGCCUGGCCAAGGCAACGCAAUAUUGGGGUGUUUGUCUUUCAAUGCAAGAAAUAUUAUGAACAAAUAAAUUCAGUGAUGGAUUGACAGCAGUGUGCUUCAAGAUAAA